GUUGCGCUGAAGCCUAAACCCUCUUUCUCCAGUUUUGCUGAAGCCGUCUUCUACGUUAUUCGUUCAGCCUCUUCGCCGAGCUCCACACACUGAAUACAAAGAUGUCGCUGAGAGUGCUCAACCCAAAUGCAGAAGUGCUCAACAAAUCCGCGGCUCUGCACAUGAAUAUCAAUGCCGCGAAGGGUUUGCAAGAUGUCCUCAAGAGCAAUCUCGGUCCCAAAGGAACCAUCAAAAUGCUUGUGGGUGGUGCUGGAGAUAUCAAGCUCACCAAAGAUGGCAACACUCUGCUUAAAGAAAUGCAAAUUCAAAACCCCACAGCAAUCAUGAUAGCACGAACAGCUGUUGCCCAGGAUGACACCACUGGGGAUGGUACUACUUCUACUGUGAUUUUUAUAGGCGAGCUUAUGAAACAAUCGGAACGUUAUAUCGAUGAAGGUAUGCAUCCACGUGUCUUGGUUGAUGGUUUUGAGAUUGCCAAAAGAGCAACUCUUCAAUUUCUUGAAAAAUUUAAGACUCCUAUAGUGGUUGGUGACGAGCCAGACAAAGAGAUUCUGAGAAUGGUAGCAAGAACAACACUACGAACAAAGUUGUACGAAUCAUUGGCAGAUCAGUUGACUAAUAUAGUUGUUGAUGCGGUGCUCUGUAUUCGUAAACCAGAAGAAGCCAUUGAUUUGUUUAUGGUAGAAAUCAUGCACAUGCGUCAUAAGUUUGAUGUUGACACUCGGUUGGUUGAAGGUCUUGUCCUUGAUCAUGGUUCUAGACAUCCUGAUAUGAAACGGAGAGCAGAAAAUUGUUAUAUUUUAACCUGCAAUGUGUCUCUGGAAUAUGACAAAAGUGAAAUAAAUGCUGGAUUUUUCUACUCUAAUGCGGAACAGAGAGAAGCAAUGGUUGCUGCUGAAAGGCGCCAGGUCGAUGAAAAAGUUAAGAAAAUCAUUGAAUUGAAAAACAAGGUUUGUUCGGGUAAUGAUAGCAGCUUUGUUAUCAUAAAUCAAAAAGGAAUUGAUCCCCCAUCUCUGGAUCUGCUCGCUAGGGAAGGGAUAAUUGCUCUUCGUAGAGCCAAGAGGAGAAACAUGGAAAGGUUGGUUUUGGCCUGUGGAGGAGAGGCUAUAAAUUCUGUCGAAAACCUUACUCCUGAUUGCCUUGGAUGGGCUGGACUGGUCUAUGAACAUGUUCUUGGGGAAGAAAAAUAUACAUUUGUGGAAAAUGUAAAGAAUCCUCAUUCAUGUACAAUCUUGAUCAAGGGACCUAAUGACCACACGAUUGCUCAAAUUAAGGAUGCUGUCCGUGACGGUCUUAGAUCAGUUAAAAACACCGUUGAAGAUGAAUCUGUUGUCAUGGGUGCCGGAUGCUUUGAAGUUGCUGCCAGACAAUAUCUGAUUAAUGAAGUGAAGAAAACAGUUCAAGGACGUGCUCAACUUGGCAUUGAAGCUUUUGCUGAUGCCCUUCUAGUGGUUCCCAAGACUCUUGCUGAGAACUCUGGGCUUGACACUCAAGAUGUGCUCAUUGCUCUUAAGGGGGAGCACGACCGGGGCAAUGUUGUCGGGCUAAACCAGAAUACAGGAGAACCAAUUGACCCCCAAAUGGAGGGUAUCUUUGACAACUACUCGGUGAAACGCCAAAUUAUCAAUUCUGGGCCUGUAAUUGCAUCACAGUUGCUAUUGGUAGACGAGGUAAUUCGUGCUGGGCGCAAUAUGCGAAAACCUACUUAGGCUGGGUUGACAUGUAACUUUUAGCCGGUUUUGGUUUUGAUGAUUUGCUAGGGUGAGUUUUGAGCUACUUUCUUGUACAAGUUACGCUGUUUGUGUUGUUGGGAAGCAUUUUGCCCCCCACCACUGUAGAACUUUAUUUUAUUUUCAAGAAUGGAAAAAAAGAAACCCAUUUUCUCUAGUUUUUGGAGGUAUUUAUUAAUUACUAGGCAAUAGGCAGUGGUCUGACACCAUUAUUUUGGUUCACAAGGUGGUUUGAGUGAAGUACAAUGGGGAAUUUUGUGCAAUUUUUUGAAUCAUUAUUCUCA